AUGCUUUACUACGUUUUUAUUGGUAUCGUUUUGGUUUAUUCAGUAUACCGGUGGCUGGUGCGUCCGCUGAACCGCGUACGUCACUUUGGUGAUGUCGGUUUCUACUUUGGUGAUCCUGAGAUGAAGGGACGAUAUAGGGCAAUGCAAUUGGAACGAGCACGCCGUCUUCGUUCGAUCGGUGAUAUCCCACCAGUCUAUCCAAACGGAUGGUUUUGUAUCGCCGAAUCACAUGAAAUCAAACCAAAGCAAGUGAAAGCAAUCGUUGCUUUCGGCGAGCAGUUAACAUUGAUACGAUCAGAAGCUGGGAAAGUGUACUUGAUUGACUCAUAUUGUCCACAUUUGGGUGCUAACUUCAGUGUUGGUGGCCGCGUUGUAAAUGAUAAUUGCGUUCAGUGUCCAUUCCACGGUUGGAUAUUCAGCGGUGAGACCGGUAAGUGCACAAGUAUUCCGUACACUACCCAGUCGAUUCCUGAACAAGCAAAAGUUUCUAUCUGGCCAGUUGUGGAACGAAAUCGACAUAUUUACGUGUGGUAUAAUUGCGACGGCAAAGAGCCUGACUGGGACGUACCAGAGAUUGAAGGGGUGGAAAGUGGUGAGUGGUCUUACAAGGGUCGAACUGAACACGAAAUCAUGUGUCAUAUUCAAGAUCUCCCAGAGAAUGGCGCCGAUAUAGCACAUCUGAACUACCUGCAUUUGGCAGGUGUUUUACGAGGCAAUGACAUAACAAAAAUUGAAAUGGAAGUCAAGGAGCCAAUAAUUCGGCAUAUUUGGGACGGAAAAUGGGAGCCACAACCCGAACCGAAUCAGCAUAUCGCCAUAAUGUAUCUGAAUCAAGUGAUGACAUUCAUGAAAACAGAGAUACCACUAACACGCAGCAAUCUUCAAGCGAAACAGAUUGGUCCAGGAAUAGUGCAGAUGAUGUUCGAUUUCGGCUGGUUGGGUAGAGGUGUUGUUUUGCAUCACGUUACACCCGAAGAACCGAUGUUCCAACGAGCUCGCUUUGUCAUGUACGCUACACUACCGAAAGUCUUCGCAAAAUUUUUCCUGAUCAGCGAAGCUAAUCAUUUCGAAAGGGAUAUUUACAUUUGGAAUAAUAAACGUUACGUACGUCCACCAAUGCUCGUCAGAAAUGAUGGUCCGAUUGGUAAACAUCGCAGAUGGUAUAAUCAGUUCUACUCAGAGAAUAGCCCAAAAUUAAACAAGGAUGGAACACUGAGUAAUCAGCCAAAAUCAGUUUUUGAUUGGUGAUUUUCUUGUGGACAAAUACUAAACACUUAAAGAAAGUUUUGAUUAUUCACUUAUGACGCACUUAUUGUCAUUUCUCGUACAUCUGAUCAAAUCGUUAAGAAUAAAACUUACCCACUUU